AUGGAAGUUGCCAUGUCUACAACCUCAAACGAUUUGGAAAAUCUGAUGUCAAAAGCUCAGCUACUCCCUAAUGGCAGUGAAUUGGAUGGCAUUGCAAUGGCCAUUGUUAGAUUACAGGGACUCUACAGACUAGAGCCAAAGGGCAUGAUUGGAUUUAACAGUCAGUUGACUCUGGAUGCAGAUGAGUGUUUUCAUAUCGCAGCCAUCGCUCAACAGAAUCGUCAAUUCCACUGUGCCAUUUUUUGGAUUCAAGAGACAAUAAGGAUGCUUGAUGAGGGAACAAAUGCGGUUGUAACCAAACCUCAAGUUAUGGCUCUUGCAAACUCUGUUUUACUCCAAGACAUAAACUUGCUCCUUAGUCUUGAUGUAAUGCAGCAGGCACAACAGCAUGGUGACUUGAAGACUGUACCCCAGCUUGCAGAUUCCUACAACCUGCUACAGAGUAUAAAAGGCUGGGACGGAUUGGAACAAUCUUUUAAUCCAUUUAAUUUUCCAGAUUUUCCAUGGAGAGGGCAAUAUGAGGCCCUGUGCAGAGGGGAGGGCAUCAAAAUGGACCCUCAGAUACAAAGGAAACUGGUUUGUAGGUACACAACUGUUGGAGGGAACCCUCAUAUGAUGUAUGCUCCUGCUAAAGAAGAGGAGGAAUGGGAUCAGCCCCUAAUUCUCAGAUACCAUGAUCUCAUGUCCGUAAGUGAGACAGAAAUCAUCAAAAGACUUGCAAGACCAAAGCUUUCCAGAGCCAAAGUUAGUGACCCACUGACCGGUGAACAAAUUCAUACUAAAGUCAGAAUAUCAAAAAGUACAUGGUUUACUGAUGAUGAAAGUCAUGUGGUUGCACGCGUUAAUAAGAGAAUUGCAGAAAUUUCUGGUCUCAACAUGGAAACUGCUGAAAAACUUCAGAUUGCUAAUUACGGAAUUGGAGGACAAUAUGAACCUCACUAUGAUGCAGCGCUGAUAAAUGACUCUUACUUUGAACGUAGCGGGAAAAGGAUUGCAACAGUCUUGAUCUAUAUGAGUGAUGUUGAAGUUGGUGGGUCUACUGUGUUUCCAUAUAUUGGAGCUGCACUUCGACCUAAACUAGGUUCAGCAGUGAUUUGGUUCAAUCUACUAAAGAAUGGAGAGGAGGACACAAAAACCCUGCAUGCUUCUUGCCCAGUGUUUGUGGGCAGUAAGUGGGUUGCCAAUAAGUGGAUCCGCAUCCGAGGCCAGGAAUUCAGGAGAAGGUGCUCUCUAUCUGAAUUUGAGUAA